AUGUUGGAGCUUCAUGAAGAAAUCGAUUUAGGAUGCGACGUAAUGGUACGGCAUCAAGAAGCUAGCUGUAAUGUUACUGUAAACUAUACAGAUGUACUGGACACAUUGAAGCCGGAGGUUAUUUUUGUGCUACAAAGACACAUCGGGUCUAAAAAACCGAUUGUAUCAAACAUAGAUAAAGACAAUAUAUUCAUGGAGCAGUUGGCAAGGUUGAAGAAACUUGAAAAAGUCGCCAAGAAGGUCUACAUUCUGCAAGCUGUACCUUCGAAAAGGCGUAAUCGACAAAGACGAUAUAGACUGAAGAAGACUGUACCUAAGCCAUUAGAUCGGAAGGAACGAAUGAUAGUAAACGACGACACUUUUGCACGCAAGCGCAUCGAAAAACUAGGAAAACGGUGUACAAAAUGUGAAAUAAUCGACAUAAAGCCAGUACUCGUCAAAUCUCAGAGAGAUUCCGAAGGCUACGAUAAACUAAUGUAUGUCACCGAGUGGAACAAUCUCAAUCGCAUUGGAAGGGAACGAGCUAGUGAGGUCUUAAAAGAAUUCGCUGAGAAGUUUGUCCUUUCGUGA